UUUUUCCCUUUUAUUAUAAUUCAAAUCAUCCUUUAACUUUUAAGUUUUUUUUGUAAAUAAACCAUUAAUUAAAUAUUAAAAGAACUCUGAAUUAAUAUCUAUAUUUUUGCUCGGUGCUCGAUUAUCUAGAAAGUUCUAAAUCAAUUUGAACCUAAACUUAAAACCCCGAUUCAAGUAUAUAGUAUUCAAUUUUCUCUGGAUUUUUUUUUCUACUUGUAGUUUAAUUCAAAUAUGUCAGCUAUUAUCAAAAGAACAUUCAUGACUAAAGACAUAGGGCCUAGCUCUGGCUUAGAUGUUUGGUCUCCUGAAUUCAGUCGUCUACAAGACAAAAUUCGUUUAUUGGAAGAAGAUUUGGACGGUGAAAGGGAGCUCAGGGCCAGAAUUGACAGGGACAGAAAUGAUCUGGGAGUACAAUUGUUGGCUAUCAAUGAUAGAUUGGAGGAUGCCGACAAUAUAUCUCAACAACAGGCCGACGUGAAUAGGAAAAGAGAUCAAGAAAUAGCUAAAUUAAGAAAAUUACUGGAUGAUUUACAUUUAGAGCAAGAAGAUUAUGCGAAUUCAAUUAGGCAAAAGCACCAAUCCCAGAUAGCCGAACUUAAUGAGAUAAUUGAACAGCUGCAAAAAGCUAAAAAUAAGAUGGAUAAAGACCGACAAAAGCUUCACAUGGAACUCAUAGAUGCCACAUCUCAACUCGACGCAGUUACCAAGGACAAAUUGGCCGCUGACAGAACCAUUGACAAGCUUCAAUCCCAAGUCAACGAGUUUAGUUUGAGGAUUCAGGAACAAAUAAAACUUCUCAAUGAAGCUAAUAUAGUUCGGGAUAGAUUGAGUAAAGAAAACAACGAUUUACUACAGGAAUGCAAAGAUGCCAAUGCCGCGAAGGAACAAAUCAUUUUGCUUAAAAAUGAUAUCCAAAGAGCUUUGGAUGAUACGAGACGAUCUUUGGACGAAGAGCUAAGGAUCAAACAAACCCUCCAAACCAAUUUACGUAGUUUAGAGAACGAAGUUGAUCAUUUGAGAUUGCAAAUUGAGGAAGAAACCGAAUUGAAACUCGAAAUAGAGAGGCAAUUGGUUAAGGCCAAUAACGACGCGGCAGCCUUUAAGAGCAAAUACGAUCAGGAAGUCAUAUUACAUCACGAGGAAGUAGAGGAAUAUCGGCGUAGACUAGCUCAGAAAAUAGCCGAGUUCGAAGAACAGCUGUCUCAAUUGCAUUCCAGGUGCACAAAUCUAGAAAAAGCAAAGACUAGACUUCAAAGCGAAUUGGAUGUCACACUUAUUGAUUUGGAUAAAGCUAACCAAACAAUAUCCCUUUUGGAAAGCAAAGUUAUAAGUUUAGAGAAGGGACUCGCUGAAUACAAGAUCAAGAACGAAGCACUACUUAGAGAAUUGGAUGAAGCACAAAAGCUAUUAAGAUCGGCUCAGUCCGAAUUGGCCAAGGCGAGAACGGAAAAUGAAAAAUUAAACGAACGCAAUAACGCCCUCAUUAGGGAAAACAAAAAAUUGAACGAUGAUAUCGGUGAGCUCAAAGGAGCUCUAAGCGAUGCCAACCGUCGUAACCACGAACUCGAAGUAGCGUUGAAGCGAAUGGAAGACGAGCGAAAUGAGUAUGCCGCUCUAUACAAGGAUGCAGAGAACGGGCGACGCAUAGAAGAAGCUCGCGCGAACAAGGCUAUUUCCGAUCUGGCGGCCGCUAAGCAAGAGUUUGAACGCAGAUUACAAGAGAAGGAAGACGAACUUGAACAUACCAGGAAAGCCAUGCAAGCCGAAAUUGAUGCCUUGACAGCAAGGAUUGCCGAUGUAGAAGCUAAGAUGAGGGCCGAAAUCCAAAGAAUCCGAAAGAAACUCGGAGCGGAAAUUGCUGAGUUGGAAUUAUCCUUGGAUCACGCUAAUAAAACCAACAUCGAAAACAUGAAAACCAUUAAGAAGUUGCAACAACAACUAAUGGACGUGAAAUCGCAGUUCGAUGAUGCACAGAGGCAAUUGGCCAGCGCUUUGGAUCAACUUUCAGUUUUCCAGAGGAAGGCCGCCGCCCUACAAGGAGAACUUGAAGAAGUCAGAAAUGCCUUGGAUCAAGCUUUCAGAGCCAAAAAACAAGCUGAAGCAGAAGCGGAGGAAGCCACAUCUCGUGCUAACGAGUUGGCGAGCGUUAACGCUUCUCUCACAAACAUUAGAGCCAAGCUCGAGACUGAUCUGGCCGGAGUUUCAGCAGAACUGGAUGAUACCCAUAAAGAAUUGAAAAUAUACCAAGAGAGAGCGGCCAAAUCUGCCGCGGAUGCUCAGCGGUUUGAAGACGAAUUACGACACGAACAAGAACAAUCUAUGAAGAUUGAUACCCUCAGGAAGGCCGCUGAACAACAGGUGAAAGAAUUGCAAAUCAGAAUUCAAGAAGUAGAAGCUCAAGCUUUGAUCACUGCCAAACGUAUGGUGUCUAAAUUGGAAGCUAGGGUUAGGGACUUGGAAAUCGUGUUUGAAAGCGAAAAGAAAGCUCAUCAAGAAACACACAAGAACUUGAGGAAGAAGGAUAGACGCGUCAAAGAAUUGACCAUCAUGAUGGAGGAAGAACAUCAAAAAUCGAACAAUUUCAUAGACACUAUAAACCUGUUGAAUGAACGCCUCAAAAAAUACAAAGAACAAGUGGGAGAUAUAGAAACACUGGCCGUCCAACACUUAGCUAAAUCCAGAAGGUUCCAGAAAGAACUUGAAGAUCAAGAAGCGAGAGCUGAAAUGGCCGAAAAUAAUUUGGUCAGACUUAGAGCUAAAAAUAGAGGGAACGUUUUCAUUGGCCCAGCCACUGGUCCAAUCGUGAGUGGUCAAUUAAUACCCCAGGCUUUGCCUUAUGUUAGAGAUCCAUUUUAUUACGAGAAUGCAAUACUGCCACCUAGAAGGAGAAGAGGCAGUAUUAUGGAAAAUGUGGAUUUUAUUCCGAGCUCUAACAUACACCAUCAUCAUUUAUCCCACCAUCAUAACCAUAAUUCCCACGCUUUAUUGCCAUACGUGCAACCACGAAGAUAUUCUGUUAUCUCAUUUUAAAUUUGUAUGCUUCUAUUUUAAUCGACAAAAAAUGUGUCCACUCCUCACCCCUCUUCCCCUUAAAAAAAAUAUUAUUAUAAAUAUUUCUUUAAUAU